AUGUCUGGGGUGAACAUGCGCAACCCAGAGCGCCGAAUUGAGAACAAUCCAUUCGACGUGGACGCAUGGAACCUAUUGCUCCGAGAGCAUCAGUCUCGGCCGAUCGAUCAAGAACGUGAAUUCUACGAGAGUCUCGUGAAUCAGUUUCCAAAUUCUGGAAGAUAUUGGAGAGCGUACAUCGAGCACGAACUCCGAUCGAAAAACUUUGAAAACGCGGAGAAUCUAUUCACAAGAUGUUUGGUCAAUGUGCUGAAUAUCGAUUUGUGGAAAUGCUAUAUAAUUUAUGUAUCGGAGACAAAAGGACAGUUAGAGCAGUAUAGAGAGACAAUGGCAAAAACUUUUGAUUUUGCUCUAGAAAAAAUAGGAAUGGAUGUUCAGGCUCACUCGAUUUAUACAGAUUAUAUAGCUUUUUUAAAGAAAGUCCCUGCAAUUGGUCAAUAUGCUGAAAAUCAGCGAAUCACUGCUGUUCGUAGAAUCUAUCAAAAAGCUCUAGCCACCCCAAUGCAUAAUCUUGACUCCAUUUGGGCGGAUUAUUGUGCCUACGAAAAGAAUAUUAACAUGACUCUCGCUGAGAAAUUGAUAGCUGAACGGGGAAAAGACUAUCAAAAUGCUCGUCGAGUCGAGAAAGAACUACAACAAGUGACACGUGGAUUGAAACGAGCUACAGUUUCAGUACCACCGAAAGGAACUCAAUCUGAGACGAAACAGGUAGAAUUAUGGAAGAAAUUGAUAGCUUGGGAGAAGACGAAUCCGUUGCAAACGGAAGAAUACGGGCAACAUGCUAGACGAGUUGUGUACACUUACGAACAAUCACUGCUCAGUCUUGGAUAUUAUCCGGAUAUUUGGUAUGAAGCGGCGAUGUUCCUUCAGGAAGCAAGUCAGACUCUAGAUGAGAAAGGAGAUGUUAAAUUGGCACAAGCAUUGAAGCAAGAGACUUGCAAUCUCUACGAACGCGCGAUUACUGGUCUGAUGAAAGAAUCAAAACUAAUUUAUUUUGCCUAUGCUGACUUCCAAGAAGAGCAGAAGAAAUUCGAAGCAGUCAAAGAUAUCUACAAUCGAUUACUGGCCAUCGAACAUAUCAAUCCAACUCUCACCUAUGUUCAAUUAAUGAGAUUUAUUCGACGAACUGAGGGACCAAACAAUGCUCGAUUAGUAUUCAAAAGAGCACGAGAAGAUAAACGAACUGGUUAUCAGGUGUUCGUGGCUUCUGCUCUGAUGGAAUAUAAUUGUAUGAAGGAUAAGGAAGUGGCGAUAAAAGUUUUCAAGUUGGGAUUAAAGAAAUACGAAAAUGAACCGGGAUUCGGGUUGGCUUACGCGGAUUUUUUGUCGAAUUUGAAUGAGGAUAACAAUACGAGAGUCGUCUUCGAGAGGAUUUUAACGUCGUCGAAGUUGCCAUCUGACAAGUCAAUACGGAUUUGGGAUCGAUUCCUCGACUUUGAGAGCUGUGUUGGUGACCUCGCAAGUAUUCUAAAAGUAGAAAAACGACGAAAGACUGCAUACGAAGACGCUCAAAAAGAUCUCGGAAUGAACCACUCGAUGCUUGUUAUAGAUCGAUACAAGUUCAUGGAUUUGAUGCCUUGCAGUGGUGAACAACUCAAGUUAAUCGGCUACAAUGCACUGAAAGGAACUGAGAGCACUGCAACCCAAGGCUCCUCAAACUCCGGACCGAAACCACUGCCGACUCGUGGACCACAAGCAGCCAGUGCAAUUAUGGGCGGAGCUGGAGGGCAUGCAGAGAUGGCGAGAUACGGAUUCCCACGACCGGAUAUAACUCAAAUGAUACCAUUCAAACCACGUGUCAAUUGUAAUGCAUCUUUCCAUCCGGUACCUGGAGGAGUGUAUCCACCACCACCAGCAGCAGCUCAUCUGUUGUCUCUCCUCCCACCACCGACUUGUUUCAUUGGACCAUUUGUAAAUGUUGAAGCGUUGUGUAAUUUGUUGAGUCAAGUACAACUUCCGAAUAUGUCAUACUCGAAAUCAGAGGACAAUAUGAUUGGACCGAUGAUGGAGCAAGAUGUGAAGAAGGAUUUGUAUCAGCUGUUAGCCACAACUUCUGAUCCAUCAGCGGUUGUCCGCUCUUCGGCGCUCGCCGAUCUCAAACGAAAACGUGGCGACUCAGACGACGAAGAGGACUACACUCAUAUCGGUGCCACAAUAGGAUCUCUCGGAACACGAGACGCCUAUAAACGGCGGAUGAACAAGAAAAAUGAAUAA